GGGGGCGCUGUGCUCAAAGCCGUAGUCAUCUGGACACGCGCUGGAUUUUGGGGGGUAACAAAGGUUACCAUGGAGACCCCUUACAUCCUUUGUUUGGCUAACCACAGCGCUACGAGAGAAAAGAUCGCGUUUUGUUAACCCGUUUAAACCAGUUAAUGUGUUACGCACUUUACAUAAAAGUUUAAUAAAUAAACGCAGGGAUUAUUCGCAGAGAACAACGCUUACCUUCGGCUAGUUCGUGCUAAAGCUAACGUGUGAGGCUAUACUAGCCUAGAAGCUAGUUUCAAACUCCGCUGUUUGUAGUUUAUAGUUUUAAUACGUAAACGGCGUAAGUUUAAGACGGCGGGACUGUCGGUGAAGUUACGUAGGAACUAGCGUAGCUGCGGUGGGCGGACCUGCAGUAGCCAGUAGCUACUAGCCACAGCCAGGCGCAGGCUAGCAGCGAUGACGGAUCGGAUUAUCGGUGCCGGUCUCGGGGCGGAUUUUUGAGCCGACAGACAUGGUUUUUACGGAGCUCACCGAACAAGGACUGAGCUGAUUUGUCAGCUUUGUGUAGGUUUGGCUUUUCACCCCCUCCAAGUGUCCUCUGGACAUCAGCUGACCAUGGUUGUGUGAACAGGGGACGCACAGGAAGACAGCCUGGCAGAGACGGUGGUGUGUGUUCACUCAAACGCAGCAAGGCUCCACCGAGAGAGGAGCGGAGACGCGCCGGAGCGAAGACAAACCGCUAAUUUAAACACAAAAAUGUCUCAAAACAGAGAACUGGUGGUUUACUACAUACAGUAUAAACUGUCUCAGAGAAACUAUCCACUGCACCACCUGGGACUCAGUGAGCCUCCAAACAGGACUGAUGGGGGGGAGGCGGUGUCGGGCGAGGAGCAGCGGAUAGCCACGCAUGCCAAUGGGACUUUAAACGGCACGAGUCCCAGCACCCCACCAGCGUCCCCGCAGCGGCAGCAGCAAAGGUUGCCGUCGCCGACGAGCAUGGAUGCGAUAAAGGAGGCUCUGCGGGACUCGGCCAACGAGUUUGAGCUGCGGUACGCCCGCGCCUUCAGCGACCUGCACAACCAGCUGCACAUCACGCCGGCCACCGCCUACCAGAGCUUCGAGAACGUGAUGGACGAGGUGUUCCGAGACGGCGUCAACUGGGGCCGCAUCAUAGGGCUUUUUGCGUUUGGCGGCGCGCUGAGCGUCGAGUGCGUGGAGAAGGAGAUGAGUCCGCUGGUGGGCAGGAUCGCCGAGUGGAUGACGGUCUACCUGGACAACAACAUCCAGCCCUGGAUCGAGAGUCAAGGAGGAUGGGUGAGUCUCUCACACACGCAUAAAAUGAUGUUCUCAAAUGUCAGUUUGAAUGAUUUCUGUGUUAUGCUGGGCAGAGUUUCGAACAAACUAGGAAAUAUUCACAUUUACAAAGCUGAAAAGUCAGAGCACUCGUUAUUUAAAAAAAAAAAACUAUUCAAACCAAUCAAAAUAUUUGGCAAUUUGUUUUGUAAGUGAUUAUUCAAUCAAUUGUUGCAGCCCUCUGACGGAAUAAUGUAAUCAGCUGAUCUCUGUACAUAGAAGCAAAUCCAUAAAAAAAAAAAACAUUUGACUUAUAGCUUCAACUAAUGACUAAGUUAAUCACCAACUCUUGUGAUAAUCAACUAAUUGGGUUUGGGUGAAUUUUUAAUUAAAAAUGUUGUGACUGGUUUCCUUGAUCCUCAGUCACUGGAAAGUGGGUGUAUUUGGUUUGGGGACAAAACCAGUCGUCCUUUGACACAAUCACCCAUUUUCUCUGUAUUCAAGUCUUUUAUGGACCAAACAACCAAGCAAUUCAGUUAAGAGAACGGUCAAAAAUAUGAAUCUAUAACUCAGCUCUAGUCGAUGUCUGUUUUGUGAGGAAAAUAGGACGGGGCAUUAAUUCAAUAACACUCAUUGUGUUUGUGAAUAUGACAACAUUUCAAUGUGUAUCCACGCAGUGUUCGUUCAUAUUUUGCUAACGGUCAGAAAUAGUUAAAUAUUGGGGAAAAACCAACAAACUAAAUGAACCAUCCGCCAUUUUCAUAAUCAGAGUGUUUUUGAAGAUGAUAUUGAGUUCAGCCUCGUAAAUGUGUACGUAGUCUGGUUCCUUUAAUCCUCCGUGUUAGUGAAUAUCUCUGAGUAUCUUUGGUUUAUAUACGUGUGUGUGUGUGUGUGUGUGUGUAUACAAAUAUAUAUGUGUGUAUAUAUAAAUAUAUGGAUCCAUCAUGGUCCUGCUGGUCAGCCGUGUGAUCUCGUCCAGCGACGCUGCAUCGCUGUGUGUGACAUCCACCUCACAGGAGAGAGAAAGUCCAGUGACAUGCUGUGACGAGGCUGCGUUGCCCACAUUUGAACUCUUUCAUCAGCCUUAAAUUUCUGUGAAACAGCAAAAAAACUAAACUAACAAGAGAACCUUGAGAUGAUGGAUCUAAUAAAGCAGUGAAAAAGGCAAGAGUUUGUCGCAUCGAGGAACCGUCUGUGGUUAAAAAGAGGUUAAAAAAGAAGAAAAAAGCUGAGCAGCUGCUUCUGCUCUUCUCUAAUUGAUCAUGAGCGCAGAGCUCAAUGAGCCGGAUCGAAGCGGGAGCUUAACUGACUGCAUCAGGGCUUUGUAGCUGCGUCCGUGCUUUGCCUGGGGAUCGAAGUUCUCUCAUCACAGGGUGGGAUGAAGUCCAGGGAUUUUUACAGAUAGCCCCCUUUGUUUUACCCCAGAGGGUUGAUUGGCUCUGUGCGUUGCUAUCUUUCCAUUCUCCCCCUCCUCUGUCCCCAAACAGCUGCAUAUAUGAAAGCUUGAUUUAAAAACUCUGGGGUCAGCUUUAAAGUGGGCCGUCCUGGUACCUGGCAGUCCUAUUGUGUUCUUGUACGUGUGUGUUUGUGAACCCUUCCAGGACAGUUAAGGUCAGCUCUUUUCCUUUGUGCUGACCGUUUGAUGGCGCGGAGGAGAGCGUGGUGAGAGCGUGAGGGGAGGGGCUGUUUACAGUCGCUGCAGUGUCGUAUAAUGCCAGGUCGAAGGUCGAUCCUAUGGAAACGGACCACCAUUGGCUGAACCGCAUGGCAAGAAGAAAAAAAACAGAAAACAAUAAUUGAACACACCAUAGCUGUUGUUUGUACUGCGGAUUUCAAAUAUAUUUAUUUAAUUCAGCGUUGCACUGAAACCCGGAGAUAACG